AUGCCAUCAACUACUGCUGCCGUUCUUGAAUUUCAUCAAAAACUUCCAUGCUAUGCUCCAACUCGCCUCGUGGAAGCUCCACUUGCCGCUAAGCGUCUAGGCGUUCGUCAUAUCUGGGUAAAAGAUGAGUCAAGUCGGUUCGGAUUACCAGCUUACAAAAUUCUUGGAGCAUCCUGGGCCACAUAUCGCGAGUUGGAAACUCGUUUCGGUCCUUUUCAGCCAUGGUCUAGUCUUGAUGAAUUGAAAGAGCAAUUAAAGGAUUUGGAUAUCACUCUAAUCACCGCUACUGACGGAAAUCAUGGUCGAGCUGUCGCGUGCAUGGCUCGAUGGCUCGGAUUCAAGGCACAUGUGUUUGUUCCAGAUGAUAUGGUACAUGCUCGGAGAGAAGCGAUUAAGAGCGAAGGAGCACAUAUCGAAAUCGUCCAUGGAACGUAUGAUGAUGCUGUAGCUAAAUUAGCUCAAAUUUCGGGAGACAAGUAUCUAGUCAUCAGCGAUACAGCAUGGGAAGGCUACGAGCGAGUGCCUACUUGGAUUGUCGAAGGAUAUGGAACGAUAUUUCAAGAAAUCGAUGAACAACUUAGAAUACUCGGAGCAGAACAGCCACAUUUGGUAGCGGUACAAAUGGGUGUCGGUUCUCUUGCUGCCUCUGUUGUUCGUCACUAUCGUUCGCCUAACCGUACAACACACAUUGUCGGCGUGGAGCCAACACAUGCUGCGUGUGUACUACGUUCAUUAGAAGCAGGUGAACUUAAAGAAGUCCCAGGUCCACAUACAUCAAUAAUGGCUGGUCUCAAUUGUGGAAAGCCAUCUCCCCUUGCCUGGCCUCUUCUGCGCAAUGGUCUGAGUGGAUCAGUGGCCAUUGAAGAUAGUUUCGCAGAAGAAGCCAUGCGUCUACUCGCUCAAGAUGAAGUAAUAUCGGGAGAGUCUGGAGCGGCAGGCCUAGCUGGCCUUCUGGCUGUACUGACCGAGAAGAAUGAGACAGAUAUGAUACCUCAAAAAUUCGGCAUCGAUCACAAUAGUAGCGUUUUGAUCAUAUCAACCGAAGGUGCAACGGAUCCACAAGCGUAUCUUCGAAUUGUUGGUCGUAUACCUAAGACAUGA